UUUUCAUUUCAAUUUGCUGCUUGCGCGUGAUAACUGUACACUUCGUUACAAAAUUCAUACUUAUUAUUGACGAAAAGUGUUAUAACUUUCUAUAAUAAUUAACAAAUGUAAAUAAAAACACGUGGAGUUUUUAUUCGGUUAAAACUGUUUGUUUGUCGUGUUGAAAGUAGAACCUUAAUUUUCUUACCAGAACUUAUUAGUUUGUCUUGUCUCUUGGUGAUCGUUUUUGUUUGUUAAAAUGUGCAUACAUUCAAAAACGCUUAUUGUAGUUUGAUUUAGCGUAAUUCUAGUGGGUUAUGCCCGCUGUGUGUAGUGUAGUGUAACCUGUGAAGUGAAAACGUGUGGAAUGUUUUAUUGAAAUUAUUGUGAUAAUACGUUUUGAAUUUAAAUAUCAAUGUCGUAUACUUGAGUGAACAGCGUGUGAUUUCUUAGUGAAUGCGAAAAAUAUUAAUAAAACUUAAGUGACAUGUACUGUUCCUGAUGUCCUGUAGAAGUUUCUAUGAGUUUGGCUGAGACAUGCAGUCAUGGCCAGGGGAAAAACGCUAUACUCCCUAGCUGUUGUCAUACUUGGGUUUAUGUGCUUUGUAGUUGGCGCUGUUGCCAUUGGACUACCAACUUGGGGUUAUUAUUAUAGCUAUGAUUCUGACAUAGCACUCUCACUGCAGUCCUAUUAUUUGGAGAAUCCAAACUUUGACAACGGUUACUUCGGACCAUGGCGUGUCUGCAAGAAGCUGCUCUACAACAGGGAGAAAUGUGGCACCGACGUAUCAAAGUUCCGGCCGACAACGGCCGUGUACCUAGCGGGUGUGGUGGGCGCGAUAGGUGUGACAGUGUUGGGUGUGUUCUGUGUGCUGUCGGUACUCCAGCUCGCCAUGAUCUCAUCCAAGGAGAAGGUCGCCUUCAAGUACACGCACCUUGUUAUGACCAAACUGGCGCUUGCGUUAUUAGCGACGUUAUUGUCAAUAGCAGCUGCCGGUUUAUUUGCAGUCCAAGGCGAUGACAGAGGUUUCUACAUCUAUAGAGGAGAAGCUUUCUAUGUACAGAUAGUAUGCAUCGUUAUAAAUUCGAUACUGUUUAUAAUGUCGGUAUAUGACACGUUAUUUUCGCGGAGAGACGGUGGCGAUCCUACAAACCCACUUGGUGAAGCUAAUGCCACUACCAUUAAUAAUCCAGGGUUUAAGGAAGGAAGAGGCAUAUCAAUGACAGACGCGUCAGGCAAACCGUACACUACGAAUGGUCACGGUAGCGUGGCCUCCAUGAAUACCACGGCUACCACCUUAACUGGCCUCUCAGACGCCAGCACAAUUACUAGGUCACCUCUGAGGUCCUCUUUGAAGAAACCCCGACCCAGGGAAGGCGAACCGGGCGGGAUGGGUAUCCAAAAUCCAGGGUAUUCGGGGAAUUCCCCACCUCUCAACCGUAAUGGCAGCCAGAAGAAGGUCAGAAUACAGACGCACAGUACUGAGGUGUAAGUGGCAAGUUUGAUUCCAAGUGGAAAAAGUUGUUAGGAAAUAUUAAUUGUUUAUUCUUUAUUUCCACCUGAAAAGUUUGAAUUGACUCUAUAACAGUGUUAAGAUUUUGAUUUUUAUAUGGUGUAGCCAUAUAUGAAGCAAUCUAGAAUAAUUUUUAUGUGUAAGAGAAAUUGAGUUAUCUAUAAAUAUAGAUAAAUACAGUUUCUGUAUCUAAACCUCUAACUUUAAAUUUAAUUAAUGGCAACUCUGAGUAUGUCUGUCUAAAAUAAACAUUUUAUUUGAUGUCUAUACAAACUUUAACUAUUUUUUUUAUAAACCAUGAAUCUCUUAGAAAUCUUUAUAACUUUUGAUAUUUUAUAGUCAGUAUAAUAUAGAAGUUUGAUUAUGAUUUUCUGUAUGAACAAACUAUAAAGUGGACACAAUAUAUAUUCCAUACUCAUAAAAACAAAUCUAAGUGCAUUCUUUUGUCUCUAUCUUUCAAUUUGUGUUUACACUGUGAUGAAGAGAGAUAAAUGAGUACUAGGUAUAAUUGUGGAAUUGAUCUGAGUUUUAUUAUGGAUAUAAUCAGGUUAACGGUUUUAUAAAAUUAUUUAAGAUGUAUUUAUAACACCAUCACAAAUGAUAUUGCACAAGUAAUAUUAGUUGCAAAUAUAACGCACUAAGGACUUUGACAAAUAUGUAAGCCUAAUUCAGUUUCUAAAUUUAUUUAAAAUUAUAAAUUGGUUGAUGUUUUUCAUAUAAAGGAUUCUCAAGUUUUAAUCUAGUCUUGAGAUUAGUAUAUUAAGUAAGACAUUUCCUUUCGGAGAGCAUACAUUUGUCCUCAAUGAAUAUAUACAAAGGCAGGCCGGAAAUGUUUUAUUUUUAAAUGUCAUGAUACUAUUAGUUUCAAAUUAUAUGUAUAUUUUUUGUCAUGCAAUAUUAUUAAAACGAUUAUUUUUCAUAUAAACAAUGAAGUUUUAAAUUUAUAUUUUUACAGACUUAAGCUCUAAGAAAUUUUUUAAUUUUUUUUUGUUAUUAAAAUUUAUCAUACUACUGAACAUUUUGAUAUUUAAAUUUUCAUACAUUUUUGUAUAUUUGCUUGAACAAAGUUCUGUUUUGUACAUAUUGUGGCACAUAGUGUUAGGAUGAUAAGAAUUUUAUAUACUGAAUUUAAUAUUUUAUUGCAAUAUUUUUAGUGUUUUUGAUGUUACAUGUAAUACAGAUGGAGUGAAAACCAAUACAUUCAAAACUAAUGUUGGUUGAAAUUUUAAUGUAUACAGAUUUUGGCUGAUUCAAAUCAGAUUACUAAUACUAAAUAAGUUGUUUUUAAGAUAAACAUAGCAAAAUAAUAUGUUGGCAAUAUAUGUCCUUUGUCUUGAUUAUAAAUGUAGAUAUUUAAAAAAUUAACCCACCAGGUUUUAGGGAAUUAGAUUAGUAUUGGUCUCAAUCAGAUAAACCAUUUCGUAGUACCUUAAGGAUAUUAUUUCAAAACCCCCAAAAUGAGACCAUUGGCAUCUCAUUUUGGUGAGGAUUUCUUAGACUAAGGGUAUGUGAAUUAAAUCCAAUGUUUUUGAUAAACAAAUUACCGUUGAUGUCUAAUUUCACCACUUUUGCCUUGUUUCUUUAUGUAAGAUACAGUAGAUAUUUAUAUAUAAACAAUAUUUACUCGUUCUUUGGAAACCCCCUAUCAAUAGUAUUAUUUGUACCUUUAACACAAUGGUGUUGGUCCGAUACAUUUUCCAAACAUAUGGCAAAUUAUUAAUUUACAUUGUAUUAAUUCAAAUAUCAGAUUUUAUUGUUCUUGAUAUAGGUACAGCCUUAUAUACAUUCUUUUGAUAAUACUGUGUAACCAAUUACCUCUUUGGUGAGCAGAAUAUCAGUCAUAAUUAUUGUUAAAAACAUCUUUCAGCCAUUAUGAGUGGUCUUUUGUUUAGCCUCAUAUUAUUUGAUGAACUUCAUUAUCUAAAUUGUGCCUUUUCACUGCAAGUGCUCUUGCUUACUUAAGUUUAUAGUUUUAUCCGUCCACUUUCUGGUCUUAGUUAAGUCUUAUGUUAAGUGUAAUCAGAAUUUAUAUGAACGUUAUUUUUUCUGUAAUUGCAUAGCAAAAGUACGCCUUGCGUCAAAAAUUUAGAUCGAAAUAGGUAUUUUGCCACUAUAUGGCAGUAUGGGUAAAUUUUCAGAAAUACUACUUAUUUUAAUUUAUCAAUUGAAAUACUUUUUACGUUUACUUUUGUUCAUAGCUUGUUACAUUUUUAAGAUUGUAUUACAGCCAUUUUUCAUUAAUUGUGAAUUUUUUGUAUUAAAAUAUUUUAUGUGUACCUUUUUAGGUAAUAAUUAUACAGUCUCCGUCCGUUAUAAUUUGUUUUAAGUUGC